GAGGUUCAACGCUCACAAGCAGUCCUCAACGAGCGCUCGAGCUUCUUUUUUUUUUUCCUCCUUGACUUUUAGCGGAGAGAGGUGUUUGUUUGCUUGUUUUUCGUGUUGUGUUAUUCAUAUGACACCAUGUCGAACUCGCAAGCGGACGAUGACAUCACAGUUGGCACGCUACAAAUGCAUCUCAGUGAACUGGAAACGCUAUGGCAGACUACCAAGAAGAGGGACAGCACCUUCAAUGGUGUUAGCAGCGACGGCGAAAAGCUUGAUGAGUAUGGCAAUGAAAGGGAUGGUGUUGGUGAUGAUGAUGGUGGUGGUGGGGUAGAAGAAUUGCCAGAGAAGCCGGUCGCUGUCACAGAUGUACCGACUCUCCAACCCACAAAGCCCAUCACGCCUCCAUCUCGAUCCCCCCGUCCUUUCCACUCACGCACGCCGUCGAUGGAGGCGGCUGUGGUGUCCGCCUCUUCCCCCGCUUCCCGUGGGUCGAUUUCGCCGACAAACGCUCUUUUUCGCCCACACACGCCGCCAACGCGGUCCACCAGCACCCCACGGGCACGUAAAAAGCAGGCUCGUCAGGCAUCACUUACCACAACGCCAGAGCGCGUUUCUGUUGAACCCGUCACUCUUCCGCCAUUGCAGACACACGCACCUGCAAUACUGACGUGUCUGCAGUGCAGCGCAAAGGAGGUCAGAUUUGGCUCUCGUUAUUGA